GGAGAGUGGAGAGCCCUUCCAUAUAGAUCGUCGUGGACUCGAUCGCUUAGAUGUAAGAUAGUCGAUGAAUGGAGAUCAUGAUAGGCACUUACAAGGAUAUCAUCAAAACCUUACAUUUCUCACCAUCAAGCCCCGGGGAUUUGGCUCCAAAGUUUUUGAGAGCUCCCUCUCCUUCUCAUUGUUGUUGGUGAAAACUGAAAAGAGUGAACUGAUAUCUCCUAUUUAUAGGAGGAGGCUUGAGGGCGUAGUAAAAAAAAGCAGAGAUAAGUUUUAUUUAUUGUAUUUAUCAUAUUUUUGAGAGAUUUAUCUUAUCCAUUUAAGAUUUAUAUCUUGAUUUUAUCUCACUCAGACUCAGUUGGGUUAAACUCAUUACCCACAUUCAUUCACCAUCUAACUAGGCCCAAUUCAUUUAAUUGUGGAUUGGAAUCUUUAACCCAAUACAGUAAAAUUUCAGUGUCAACAAUGAUAAACAAGAACUAAGCAACCUUGAUAACAAGUUUCGUGAUUUCUCGGUUUCUCCUAUGAAUUUUGUUGACUUUCUUGGAGCUGAACAAUAAUAAGUGAAAAUUCUAUUCACUCAUGGAAAGUGUAGAUGACCCUCCACCAACCAACAUUCAUCAUUUGUUUUCUAAACAAUUAAGCAUUAAAGGCAGGUCCAAAAUUGAAAAUUGGUCAAAUUAGCAUCAAAAUCUGAACAUAUAUAUCCAUUAAUUUUGAGACUUUAUGAGGUUUCCAAAGAUACUUUUUGCUGCUUUCCAAUUUCUACAAUGCCAUUUAUUUUCUUCCUUAUUUUGGAAAUAUAUCAUUUAGGAUUAGUAUUUUUUUUCCUUUUUUUUGCCUCAUGUUGCAAACAUCAUGGCUUCUCCAUCUACUAUAAGUAAUAAGGCACAAAUUGUAUUUCACAGUAGAACUGUAAGGAGUUAAUAGUGUUGUCAUGGGCAUGGAAAAGUUGUCUCUCUUUUGGGGCUCAUUGCUUUGCAUUGUUUUUAGUUUUGCUUUUGCAAAAGCAGCUGUUGAAAGACAAGUCAUUGAAUCCCUACCUGGUUUCAGUGGCACCUUUCCGUCAAAACACUAUUCUGGGUAUAUAACUGUAGAUCAGAAGCAUCUGUUCUACUAUUUUGUUGUUUCUGAAAGAAAACCAUUGGAAGAUCCUGUUGUCUUAUGGCUUAAUGGAGGACCUGGGUGCUCUAGCUUUGAUGGAUUUGUCUAUGAACAUGGACCCUUCAAGUUUGAAGCAGGAAAGGGAGUGAGCCAGCCCACGUUGCAUCUCAACCCAUACAGUUGGUCCAAGGUUUCCAACAUUAUUUAUUUGGAUUCUCCUGCUGGUGUUGGUUUCUCUUACUCUGAAAACACAACCAAAUACAACACUACAGAUCUACAAACUGCUGCUGAUUCACAUGCCUUCCUGCUUAAGUGGUUUGAGGUAUUCCCGGAAUUUGUUAAGAAUCCAUUUUUCUUAUCUGGAGAGUCUUAUGCUGGCGUUUACGUGCCCACACUUGCAGCAGCAGUAGUUCAAGGAAUCAAAGAUGGUGCAAAACCACAUAUUAACUUUAAGGGUUACAUGGUGGGAAAUGGGAUGACAGAUAAUUAUUACGAUGCGAAUUCUUUCGUCUCUUUUUCACAUGGGAUGGCACUUAUCUCGGAUCAAAUGUUUGAGGAAGUUCAAGCUGCUUGUAAAGGAAAGUAUUAUAACCCAACUACUCCUAGGUGUGCUGCGAUCCUUCAAAAAAUUGAUAAAGUUGUUAAAGUACUGAACAUUUAUGAUAUUCUCGAGCCCUGCUACAAUAAACCAGGAUCUGCAAAUGCUCAUGAAGAAGGAAAGACAGCCUUGGUUUCUAGCUUCCAACAGCUAGCGGUAACUACGAUGCCUCUCAGGGUUAGGAAGCAGAUGAUUGGCCGCACAUUGCCUCUACGGACAGUGAAAUCUAUGAAGGAUGGCGUAUUCACAACUGUCAGUGCUCCUUGCACAGAUGAUGUAGUUGCUACUGCGUGGCUAAAUAAUGCAGCAGUAAGGAACGCAAUUCACGCUGCGCCGGCUUCCGUAGCUGGUGCUUGGGUGCUAUGCACAGACAGGAUAAGUUAUCAUUCAGAUACUGGUAGUAUGAUCCCUUACCACAAAAACCUAACUACACAAGGAUAUCGUGCACUAAUAUUCACUGGAGACCAUGAUCUGCGCAUUCCAUUCACUGGUACUCAGGGUUGGACUAGAUCGAUUGGAUAUAACGUAGUUGAUGAAUGGAGGCCUUGGUUUGUCAAUAACCAAGCUGCUGGGUAUUUACAAGGAUAUGCUAAUAACCUGAUCUUUCUCACUAUCAAGGGUGCAGGACACACAGUCCCCGAAUACAAGCCACAAGAAGCAUUGUACUUCUACAGCCAGUGGUUGGACGGCAAGCAAAUAUGAUUGGAUCCCGAGAAAUUUUUUGUUCCAUUUUUCAUAUUCCUUGUAUACCAAAGAGAAAUUCCAUUUAUGCGUGUGCUCAUUGAAAAGAAAUAAAAGGAAGUGAAAGUAUUCAGUUUCAACAGUGUAUCAAUUUUUUUUUUUCCUGUUUUUUUUUGGGGCUUAAAUUCCAGU